AUGACAUAUCAGUAUUCAGUCAAGGAGAAAUUGAAUCAUUUGACGAAGCCUGGAACAGAUUCAAAAACAUGCUCCGAAAGUGCCCUCAGCAUGGGUUUGAUAAAAAGACCCAAAUUCGAUUCUUCUACACAGGAAAUCCAUGUCAAGAGACCAGGUGUGACUGUAGAGACAUCCUCCCCUGCUGAAAAUGAGACUACUGUGAAGGAACCAACUCCAAAGGAAAAUUCAGAAAAAUCACAGGAUAAGGCCAAGGUCACAACCAACCCAUACGAGCCUCCGAUCCCCUUCCCACAGUGCUUGAAGAAGCAAAAAGUGGAGCAGCAAUACUACAAAAAAUUCCUAGAAGUUUUCAAAAAGCUCCAUAUCAACAUCCCACUAGUCGAUGCAAUGUUUCAGAUGCCUAGCUACGCAAUGUUUCCCAAGGAUAUUAUAUCAAAUAAACACAAGCUGGAGGACCACGAGACAGUUAUGCUUACGGAGGAAUGUAGUGCCAGAAUCCAGAAUAAGCUCCCACCAAAACUGAAAGAUCCAGGGAGUUUUACUGUUCCUUGCACGAUCGGUGAAGUAUAUUUCAAUAAAACAUUAUGUGACCUCAGUGCAAGUAUUAAUUUAAUGCCUCUGUCUGUUUUUAGGAAACUCGGCUUGGGAGAAGUUAAAGCAACUAUUGUAACACUUCAGCUAGCAGACAGGUUACUGACACACCCCAGAGGGAUAAUUGAAGACGUGCUCAUUAAGGUUGAAAAGUUCAUAUUCUCAGUAGAUUUUCUUAUCUUGGACAUGGAAGAAAACAAUGAUGUCCCAUUGAUACUUGACAGACCAUUCCUGGCCACAGGAAGAGCGUUAAUUGACGUUCAAAGGGGACAGUUGAUCUUAAGAUUGGGAGAGGAGUAG